GAAAAUAAGUGGUGAAAAAAUUGGAUUUUCGUGUAUAAAUAGUGGAUGCUUGGAGUUCGAAGGCAUCAGUACCAAAAUGAAGUACUUCUUGCUUACCUUUGUUGUUGCACUAUGCUUGGCUUGCGCUUUGGCGCAAAUGCCAGGUGGCAUGCCCUAUGGCAUGCCCGGUGGUAUGCCUGACAUGAGCAAACUCAUGGGCAUGAUGAAAAACAUGAUGGGAGGUGCUAUGCCCGGUGGUGGCCCACCUGGUGGCCCACCACCACCACCGCCACAGGAAGGAGCCCAAGCUUAAGCCUGAUUUCGAAAUAUAGUAUUUUAGUUACUUUUAUCGAGAUAGCACAUUUGAAAUUAUUUACACUCAAAGAGAUGAAUAAAGCUUCAAAGUUGCACAAUA